CUAAUUUUCUUCGUUCUAGUGAUUUAUUAUUCUAGUUUUCACUGAUAUAAAUUCAAUAUCUCUGCAAUUGCUAACAUGUUUGUUAAAGUUCUUAAGAAAAAUUAUUGUUCGUGAUUAAGAAUGGAUAUCCAAAAUUCAAUCAACUAUAGUAUGUACAUAAUUUUGAUUGUUCACUUUAAGUAGGGUAAUGAAUAUACGUGGUGGUUCUAUGUUACCAAAAAAUUAUAUGUUUAUAUUGCCUUCAGGCAUGCCGCAACCAUACUACGUGUCACGAUCCCAGCUGCCAGGCUCGUUCCUCCGGCUACCGGACCUCGACGACGUCCGGAACAAGAUGCAGGAAGCCGAGACGCAGUCGUUCGGCGUGGUGGCCAACACGUUCGAGUUCCUCGAGCACGGCUGCGCCGAAGAGUACCGAAAUUCCGUCCGCAAGCGGGUCUGGUGCGUCGGUCCGGUCUCCUUAACCAACCGGUUCAACCUGGACAAGUUCGAGCGAGGGAACAACAACCCGUCGAUCGACGAGGCCCAGUGCCUAACCUGGCUGGACCGAAUGGAGCCCAGGUCCGUGAUCUACGCCUGCCUCGGCAGCCUCUGCCGCCUGGUCCCGUCCCAACUGCUAGAAUUGGGCCUGGGCCUGGAAGCCUCGGGCAGGCCGUUCGUCUGGGCCGUGAAGACCGAUCGCCGGCCCGCCGAGCUGGACGACUGGCUCGUGGGGUCCGGAUUCGAGGACCGGGUCAAGGGGCGGGGGCUAAUCAUCAAAGGGUGGGCCCCGCAGGUUCUGAUCCUGUCCCACGUGGCGGUCGGCGGGUUUUUGACUCACUGCGGGUGGAACUCCACCGUGGAGGCGAUCUGCGCCGGGGUUCCCAUGGUGACGUGGCCGCUCUUCGCGGAGCAGUUUCUCAACGAGAAGAUGGUCGUGGAGGUGCUGCGGGUCGGCGUGCGGGUCGGGGCGGAGACGGCGGUAAGGUUCGGGGACGAGGAGAGGGUGGGCGUGGCGGUGAGGAGGGAGGCGGUAGCGGCGGCGGUGGAGGCGCUGAUGGACGGCGGCGGGGAGAGGAUGGUGGAGCGAGUUCGGGAGCUGGCGGCGAUGGCGAGGGAAGCCAUGGAUCCGGGCGGGUCUUCGCAUUCGGAUCUCUCGGAUUUGAUUGAAGCCGUCGUGAAGCGGCAAGCGGGUUCCCGCGCCAAAAAUUGAUGAAGGUUAUUAAGAUAAGCUUUCAAAAUUAGAUUAGGCUUAGCAUUUUAAUUUUGUCUUUAGGUUUUGGACUUUGGUAAUGGACAACGGACCGUGCUGAAAUUGAUGGACGGUGGCAGGAAUACAUGUGGUCAGCCCAGCCCAACUCAGGGAAAGGCCCAAUGAGGUAUGGAGCACUUAAUCGAAAACUAUGAUUACUUAACGAAAUUUUGGUGGAUGAAAUUUACUCAACGAAAUUGAGAGUUGGUUUGAUUUUAUGCAACUUUCAUUUAGAGUUAGUUAAGAAGACGGUAAAUAGUGGAAUGGAAAACAACGAUCGAGUUAAAUGUUUGACACUUAUGAAGAGAUCAUAUGGUUAAACCUACAAAACUCAUAUAAAAAUCGUUACGCACUUCAGCGCUUUAUUGUCUGAAACCAUAUAUAAAGGCACCUCCUUUCAACUAAAAAACUAACAAGUGAUAAGCAUUUUGUAUAUAUCAUAGUUGCCAAGUAACAUAAGAUUGGGAUAGAAGUAACUGCGGUAAAUGAGACAUAUUCAAAUUAUUAAAUAUCAUAUAUGGUCAAAUAUAUAGCUAACAAAUUGAUGAUUUAUCAACAAACGAAUGAUAAGCUAUUAAUCGAUUAGCUUAUAAGUAAGUUGUUAAUUGAGGUGGCUCGCUAGCCAUAUUAUCGAGCAAGCUUAUAGAUCAAAACGAGCUAGCUCACUAGACGAGCUCAACAAGCCCACAAGUCUAGCUGGCUCACGAGCCUUGCGAGCCGAACAAGACUUAGUUUAAACUCAACUCAUUAGCAAACAAACCAAUUGUCGAAUGAGAUUUUCCUAAGUCGAACACCAAACCACUCGUAAGUAGUUUGGCUCAUUUGCAGCCCUAUGUGUUUGUGACGGGCGAAAGCUCAGUAAUUACUAUAUGAUGUUUUUCCCCCUAACAAGUUGGUAAUACUAUAAAUGUUCGUCGGCAUAAAAGUAAUAUCCUUUCAACACUACUUUCCAAGAUGCUCACGAGACACAAUGCAUCACUAGUUGUACAACGUACAUGCCCACCCAAUAACUACUACCGCAUCUCGUUUACAAAACAUCCACUUUCCACCGAUUUCGCUUUUCGUGCAUUGCCCUAAUGAAUGGUCGAAGAGGUGGCGAAAAUAACGGUGUGUUGAAUUGUAUAUGGCACCAUAGUACCUUAUAAUACUCCAACAAUAAUGUAAAGUUAAUUGUAUGAAGUACUUGGCAAAAGUGCAAUGAAAAAGAAAGCAAUAGAUCGAUGGACGUGUAGAAGUACAAACAUCAUGCUAAUCUCAAGGCCUUCAACCCCAAAGAAAAGGUGAUUUAAGGUUCAUGAUCAUGGAAAGACACUAGUUUGAUGCUAACUAUAAAGAUAUAGUGAUUGAGACCUUGGAAUGAACUAGGCUGAGUCUGAGUCGAGUUAUAUGGAUGAUCAAGCGAAUUCAGACCGAGGCUAGUCAGUUGAUUCUUUGACCAGUGCAUCCUUACAUUACUUUCAUCGUCUAAAAGCUAACCGAAAGUUUGUGGUCAUUCAAGACCCGUGAUCAUAGUCAGACGCUUCAAACAUCCGUGUAAGGAGAAAAAACGAUGACACAGGUCUUGAGAUCAUGGAAAAUACAUACUAGUCUUUUGUGCAUGUUAAACCAAUAAUAGCUCAUUGUUAUAGUACAAUUUCAUGUAUAGGGACUUGAUUGUACAUAAUAGCGGCCGAAGCAACAUAGCGAAUGAUAUGAUAUCCAUUCGUGGUGUGUUCAUACUUCAUACCCUAACAAGUAACAACUAUUUAUAUUAAGGAUUGGAUCUAAAGGGCAAUUAAUGUUAGUGUGUCCAUACGAAAUUAAGACCUAAUCAUAAGCAAGCUUUGGUAUUACUACAUACUAACUAGUAUAUGCUUCCUCAUGAUGAGCAACUAGGAUAGGAAAACAAGAACCAGAAAGGAAAGUACCAGAGACAAAGGAGAGGAGAAAAAGAAGGGCAAUAAAAGACGAAGCAGCAUAUGCCAUGGAAGAUGCUUGAAAACAUUGCAAAAUGCCACCUUUUCCCCUCCUCUCACUCCCUCUCUCUGUUGCUUUUUUAGUGACCGCAUCAAAAGUCAUUCCCCCUUUUCAUUGCCUUCACGACCCAAUACAACAACAAGAAAAAAACCAGCUCCCUAUAUCAUCCCAAGCACACUCUCCAUUCCCAAACCCUCUUUUCCAGCACCACCACCCGCCGCUCUCACGGCGGCGGGCCACCGAGGCGGCUUCGGAAGUGGAAGAUCGGAGCAUGCAGCUGGUGGUGGUGGUGCAGCAGAACCCGCGUAUCGGAUUGGAUUGAAAAAGGGGCAUGCAGAGAGUUUCUUUCUCCUCUUGUAAAGGGCAACUUCUAUCCUUUGGCAAAGUUUCCAUUUUUUUCCAUCGAGUUGGCUUCGUGAACUCCUUUCCCUUUGCAGUUUCAAACUAUGUAUGCUGGGAAGGAACCUUCAACAGGGCGAGCAGAUUAUUAUUAAUGUUGCUAUUAUACGUGUGUCUAGUUAUAUUGUGUUGAUGAUCCUCUGUUUUGGUUUACUCUGUUUAUGGUGAGCAUUGUGUUGUGUGUUUGCUUUCUCAGUGCAAUAACUGCUGUCAAUCUACAGGCGCUUGUGUACUAUUUUUGGUAUUUCUAUUCACCCCUUGUAGGCCUCGUCGCCAAAAUGUUUGUUUGAAUGUUCUAUUAUUAUUAUUAUUACUUCCGGUUUGUGUUGGUGUUUACUAAUAGAUAUGUCAAAUAGAU